AGCAAUGCCAAAGUUUUUAGAAUGGUUCUUUACUCCCUUUUUUCCUUCCGAAAGUAUAAAUACUCGAACCCUAAACUCUCGUGACUUGGCUAUGGCGACUACAAGCAACGACGCACUUGCGGCAUGGAAGGCUCAGUUGGCGUUUAAAGGAAAGGUGAGAACGUCCCUGAUAGGCGAUCUUCUGGGGUUAGUGGCGCCGAGCAUCCCAAAACGCGAACAAGAGGAGCUGCAAUCGCUGCUCGCCGCGAGUGGCAUCCACAGAGGAGAACAGCUGCGGAAAUUCGAUGCCGGCAAGCUUCUCGAUAUGGGCGUCUCGGAAUGGGUGUGCAAGGUGCUGCUGGAGAAAGAGAUCAUACGCUCAGGAAUAUCGACUCCCGUGGCGAUGAGUGCGCUAGCGGCGUCGCGUGUGGACAUCAAGUCGUCGGACCUGGCGAUUUUCGACGGGGGAUAUGCAAGCGAGGAGCUGCUGGAUCGGCUCCACAAGGAAUUCCGCUGCAAGCCGUGGUUGGAUCUGGCAAAGGCAGACAUGUGAGAGGAUGAUGCUGAAGCCUUAGAUUUCCGAAAGAAGGAGGUGGAGGCUCUC